AUGGCUUCGAAUCCGGAAUCAGAGUCUGCUUCCCCGUGUACUUCGUCUGCCUCGAAGGUUGCCAUCCCGAGAUUAUCAAUCCGUGAAGCUACCGCUAGGCCACGCACUAGAAAGGCAUGUAAGGGAUGCAGAGAACGCAAGGCUAAAUGCGACGGUCACCAACCAUGCAAUCGAUGCGCGGCUUUGCAGUUUCGAGCCACGCCAGAAGACGGAGAUCUUAUCGCUCGGACUCUUGCCCAUUACAGCCUGUCUGACAUGAGCGACACUAUCACAGAUCAUGCACACCCCCCAGCUACAGGAGAUGAUACCAUUUAUGCAAUAGAGUGUGUACAGGAAGACUUACAUAGUAGUAAGGCCUUGCAGCCUAUUGGAUUUAUUGGCGGUCCUUCUGAGCUGUCCUGGAUUCAGGAUCUGAACCAGGAGGUCGAGAGAUACACAUUAUGUUCGGAAGGAGAGACUCCGAAUAGACUUCCAAGUAACGACUCAGAAGUUCUGAGUAGGGUGAGUUAUUUCCUGGAUGAUCAGGACCUGGCCAUGUAUGGAAACAUUGAUUUUCAGAUUCAGCCAUCUCAAGAUGUUGCAGAGCGACUGCUCAGCCUAUAUUUUCAUACUGUGCAUCCGUCGUUUCCCAUUAUCAGCAAACUAUCCUUUACGCAACAGGUGGGCAGCUUUUACGCUAAGCCCGAUUUACGUCCGCCGAAGAAAUGGCUCGCGAUUUUAAAUUUGGUUUUUGCUACCGCCGCCAAGUUUGCACAUUUGGUACCCGAACAUUUGGUGCAAUCUAUGGAUAGCCCUAUGGUGUAUUUCACCCGGGCUCGGCGGCUUAGCACCACAGAGAACCAAUUGACUGAACAUCCCAACCUCCAACAAGUGCAGAUUGAAGGUCUCACUGCGUUUCUGUGCAUGGCGUCAGGCCAUAUAAAUAGAUCGUGGAGAGCAUGCGGGAUCGCAAUAAGGUCUUCCAUUGCUAUGGGAAUAAACCUUCGGAAUCAGAGUAAGGAGAUUUCCAAUAUUUCUAGGGAGAUUCGGUACCGUGUUUGGUGGUCACUCUAUACACUGGAGAACACCCUUUCUGUCAUGACUGGCCGGCCUACUGGAACUUCAGAUAGGUUCUGUACGACGCCUUUGCCGAUACCUUUCCAAGAGGAGCAGUUUCAUGUAAAUCCUGCUGCCAGACUCUUGAAGGACUCAGAAUUUCGAGCUGAUUAUAUGCGGGACUUUACAUCAUUAAAGCGCACACUUGCGAACCGGCCUUCGAAUACCGACCAAAUUAGCGGCCAAAUGCCUGCUUCAAAAGUUCAAGAUAUUGUGCCUAACACUUCUCAAUAUUUUCUCUAUUAUGUCGAGCUGACUAAGAUCAUGCGUCGAGCGAUUGAUUCCUUGUAUAGUCCAGGAUUCGCGAGACGUCCUUGGCUUACCAUCUAUGCAGCAAUGAUAGACCUGGUACAUGAAACAGACGAAUGGCUUUCUUGUUUAGCUGAAGAAUUCAGCUUCAAGUGUCAUCAAGGCUCAGGCCAAUUUGAGAGGUUGAGGUGGAGCCUUGCCGUCAGAUUUCAUAGCGUGAGAAUCACAAUAUGUCGACCCUCCCUUUGUCGAUCGGGAAGGCACAGGCAAGGCACGGAGCCUCCCAAGGAUCUCCAGCAAACCGCAGAGAUAUGCAUUGAUUCAGCAUGCCGGAUUCUGGACCUUCUGCCUGAUAAGCCUGAUAAGCCUGACAGAAUCUGGUUGGCUCAGGUGUCUCCAUGGUGGUGUGUCCUACACUACCUUGUGCAGUCAGCAACCAUACUGCUGAUAGAGCUGGACUAUCGCGUCCGAACCGGUGCCGACCAGGCCGCUAAUAUCAACUCACGUAUUGGAAAAGCAUUAGACUGGCUUUCAGCUCUGGCGGUUGAUGAUCUCGCUGCGGAACGUGCUUUCAGGGUCUGCGAUAAUCUUCGCCGUCGGCUCUUUCUCCACUCUAUCAUCGAACCGGACAGAAUUCCUAAGUUCACUGCGGAGCUCACGACGAAUCUUUCCCCUGCCGCGGGAGUCUCAAGUUUAGUCUCUCAGGCUGAACACAGUCCCACCCCCGUCUCAUCUGUGCCACACAGAACGGGAGAGUCGGCGUUUACGGACUCAGAAAUGCGGAACGAGACAACGUUUCAUCCAGCUUUCCAGACAGCAUAUGAUGAAUUUAUGCCGUACAAUUUGUACAGUGCACGGAAAUCCUAAUGUUAAUUGUGCGCGUGUCACUCGUUUUGCGGCUCUUGAGCUGUAGUCUUAUAUAUGCUGAGGAAGCGGUUCCAUAUGUGGAUAUCUUAUUUCAUCCAAUCUCGUCGGAAACAAUAUUGAAUCCAGCCCCGUACUUGCCAACAGGAUGCUUGGCGUCAUACGAUGAACUUAGGUAUAUUCGUACAGAAUCAGGCUACGUUGUUCCCCAUCUUGUCUAGCCAUUUGAAGUCGUUGCGGGCUGCUUCCGCCGAC